UUCCCCAAUAUAAUAAUUUAUCAGAUUGUAUCUUUAUAUAAAUUAUAUUCCAGGAAACUGAUUCUAUUUUCAUCGAAGAUCUGUUUAUGAUGUGUUGUAACGAUUUUCACACUAUAAGGAACUUAUUUAAAAUAUUCUGAUUAUGUGUCUUUAUCACGAGGCUCUUAAAAUUCCACGUUUUUGCUCAGCCCAGACCUGUCUGUGGUGGUGGUACGCUGCUGCCGCCGCCACCACAUCUGCACCUACCCAUGAUCAUAAUAAUGUUUGUGAACAGCUUCAAACUAUAUUAAAUUCAGUCUUAGCUGUCUCGUCUACGUGUUUGCUGGCUGUCAUCUAUUUCUUCAAUUUUCUAUCAUCUUUAUGGACGAGAAAGUUGUUGGUGCUCAAAAACAUUAACGGAAGUUGUCAUAUAUGUAUAUCCUGUUAGAAAUUAAUCUUAGUACCUCUUCCCGCCAAGAAUUGGUGGGGGCCCACCUACCUAUAUGCUAAUUGUUAAAUAACUUCUUCAUCACAGAACAAGGAUAAUAUAGUGAAUCUUUUUAUUAUUAUUAUUAUUGAGAAAAACAAAGACUUUAAAAGAUUAAGUCCAGUUACCCUGUUAAAUGCAAUAUCACUACUUACUGUUUACAUUUGUGAAUUAAUUCAAAACUAAUGAUUUGAAAUAUCAAAUAAUAACAAUCAGCAAGAAAUAGCGUUAAACGCCUUCUGUAAUAUGUAGUAUUGAGAGUUAAGCAAUUGCUAUACAUGGAAAAUAGUGACUUAACAGGGAAAGCUGGCCAUAAAAAAUAACGGAUUCUCUUUGAAAAUAUUUUUUAUAAAAUGGAAAUAUCUGGAAACAACCUUCCUCAGUCAAUAAAUCCAGAUACAAUUCAAACUCAAGAUGGUAGUAUUCAAAUUCCAUCAACCCAUGUUGGAUCACUCACAUCUGAAUCUCAUGCAGUAACUGAUGUGGAUAUCAUUUCUGGGACCUCUCUUAGUUCUGUUCCUGGUGCCAUAGUUACAUCGGCUGGUGUUCAGCAAACGCAAACUGUUCUUGUCUCACCAGAGUUAUUCACUACAUUACCCCAAGUGCAGCCAACGUCAGAAGGUAUAGAAACGACUGAAGUUACUAGUACCACACUUGGUGGAGUUACUUAUGCUUUUAUCAAAGGUUUGGAUAGUAGUCUUGGUAGUCAGGCAACAUGUAUCACUACACCAAAAUCCAUACUCACAGGACAGUCUGGUGGUAUGGAUGUAGAGUUGAUCCCUGUAGAUAAUGUAGCCCUUCAAGUGAUGGCUGUUGAAACUAAAUCUAAUGAUAAAGAAAAAGACCAAGAUAAAGAUGAUGGCUCAUCCAUCAAACACCAAAUGAUACAGCAUGCUGUUCUUGUUCAAGAUCCUAAUAGUCAAAUCUCUUCUCUGACUGGCAAAGAUACAGAGUUUAUGACCACUUCUGGUAAUGUUAGUUUAUCUGUAAACAACACCUAUGUUUGCGAAGAUGGUAGUACACUUGAUAGCACACCAAUACAAAUAACUUCAAAAGAUUCAAAGAUGGAAGAGAAAAAUCCUGCUUUAGAAGCAGCCAUUCAAGAAACUUACUUUCAACUGGACCAUAACAUGCUAAAAUCUAGUGGUGUUGACCUGAAUAAAGCAACAUUGCAAGCAUCUGCUGAUGGUGCACAGUUCUUUGUCAUUGACUUGAGUGAAACUGAAGUUCAGAAUUCCAUUCCAAUGGAAAUAGAAACUGAACAAAUAAUCAAGGAGGAAACUGUAAGUAUCGAUUCAUCAGCAAUGAAUAUUGACUCAAAUAAUGAUGAGACCAAUGAAGUGCCUACUGAGUCAUCACCUUAUUAUGUUGUUCAGCAUGUGACAAAAACGGAUUCAGAUCAACCAGAAAAGUAUUUUCCAAUUAAGCAGUUACCAGCAGAUUUAAAAGGCUUGGUGUCUCUUUCUCCUGAUAUUAAGUCUAAAGAAACACCAGUAGCUAUUUCCUUGCAAAAAGAUUUGGAGACAAUGCAAAAAUCAGUGGCAAAAGAAGGAGAUGUGCUUUCAGUUGACCCAAAAGCUUCUAGUAAUGAAUUGCUUAUCACCAAUAUCCAAGGGGGACAUGAGGUAAUAAUGGUUGAUAUUGGUAGUGCAGCAUCUAUUGUUACUGAGACAAUAAAAACCUCUACUGAUGCAGACCUUGAGGGAACCGAGCAAAAAGACAAUAAUCAACAAUAUGUAUUUGAUGUUGUUGGUUCCGAAGAACAGUCAGCAGGCAAUUUAUUAACAGCUAAAUCUGGCUCUACUCUUUUGACAACCACUUCAACUGUGACCAGUACUCUUGGAUCAACAACCACAACAUCCAUUAAUACACAGGCUGCUUCCAAAUUUAGAGAUGCUGGUCAGCAAACUGAGAAAUCUCGGCAAGCAGCUGAACAAAAACAAUCUGUACUAUCAGCAACAUUGCCGCCAAAGCAGACUGUAGUCUCACAAGCUGUAUCUCAAGCUAAGCAAGUUCAGGUUCAGUCUACAUCUCCUUCAAAUCCAGUUGUAUCUUCUCAGCAUGUUCAGCUUAUUAAUAAACAAGCUGGACAGUCUACAUCCGCUUCUACACCAUCUACAAUUAACACCUCUAAACAGAUGCAGGUAACAUCUCAAUUGCCAACAAAACAGACAUUUGUAUUUGCUCCAAAACCAGCUCAGGUGGCACAAACCUCAUUACUGAAACAGGCACAAACAACUCAGCAAACUUUGCUUAAACAACCAGUAACAAGUGCAUCUUUGCCGAAAUUGGACCAAUCCCAGCAAAGUACAGUUUCUAAGUUGGUUACAACACAGCCAAUCACUUAUACUCAGGCUAAACAAUCUUCUCAGCUCCAGUCAGCAGUUACUCCUUCUAAACUUGUACCUUCCAAAGUAUCACUAAUAUCUGCACCUAGACCAUCGACUGUAAGUCCACAGACAAUAACAAUAAAACAGCCACAAGCUCAACAGGUUUCUUUGCAACAGAUGGCUUCGAUGUCUAAAACAGGGCAGUCCUUACUUCAGCCGUCACAAGAAGCUCAAGUACAAUCGUCUGUAAAGACCACGCCUGUGCAGUUGAAGCAAACAGUUACUCAGCCAAUAACACUUCCACAAUCUAAACAAAUUGUACUACAAUCAUCCACCACAUCUCCACAGAAACAGACUCAACCCCAACAGAUUACUACAUGGCAAGUCCAAUCGCCAGUAUCAAAACCAGCACAGUCGGUACAAGUUAAACCAGGUCUCCAAGUUUUACAGCCAAAACCCAUUCAGCGUUUACAACCAAAAGAAGGAGUGCAAGCACAAGCUAGCAUACUGCAACAACAGCAACAGCCUAAGCAAAUAGCAAAAUCUCCAACAACACAAGUGCAAAUGACUUCUACACAACAGUUGUCGGCUAAAACUACGACUGCACAACCAGUAACAAAACAAAUUAUUGUACAACAGUCUCCGAAAACAGUUACAGUGCAACAGCAGCAAUCCACUAAACCAAUUACUGUACAACAACAACAGCAGCAGUCCCCUAAAACAGUUACUAUACAGCAGCAGCCUUCUAAACCAGUAACACUACAACAGCAGCAGCCUUCUAAACCAGUUACAGUACAACAACAGCAGCCUUCUAAAACAGUUACUAUACAGCAACAGCAGCCUUCUAAGCCAGUUACAGUACAGCAGCAGCUUUCUAAACCAGGUACAGUGCAACAAGCUACAAAGUCAAUUAUAAUACAACAACCAGCCAAAUUGGUCUCAGCACAACAGCAGCCAGUAAAAUCAGUUACAAUACAGCAGCAAGUACCAGUAAAAUCAACAGCUGUUCAACAACAGCAGCCUACUAAAACAAUUUCAGUGCAACAGCAAUCUGAAAAGCCAGCAGUGGUGCUACAGCAACCGGCCAAGUCUGUUACUCUUGUACAGCAACCUGCAAAAUCUGUGACUUUGGUACAGCAACCGCCUUUAAAAGUAACAUCCUUGCAACAACAGCAGCAAACCACAAAGUCUGUAACCGUGCAACAGCAAACUGUAAAGUCAACAACUUUGUCUCAGUCAGAGCCAGGUAAAACAACUGUAACACAACUGCCAGUUAAGGCUGUUGUCUCACCACAGACGCAAAAACCUAUUGUUGUGCAAGUGCAAAAGCCAGUUCAAACAACACAGGCAGCAGUGACCCAAGUUUCAUCACAACAAACAUUGAAGCCAUCGCAGCCUGCUGUCACUACUUUAGUUUCUAUUCCGUCACAGCAACAAUUACCAAAAACUGUAACUGAAACACUUGUUGGUCAGCAGCAAUCAGCAAAAUCAGUUAAUGUUCAGCAGUUAGUUAGUCAACAAGAACCUAUUAUUCAGAAGCAGGUGAUGUCAGCUGCAUCUACAUUACAACAACCACAGUCUAAAAUCUUAUCUGUCACUCAACCAGCCUCCACGCAACCUAGUACGGUACAACAGCAAACCUCAAGACUACAUGAAAGUGUGCCAAAAGGCCAAACUCCAGAAUCAAAAAUAUUCUCAGAUGUUAAAUCUAAAGAUCAACAGCAAUCCUCCACUGCACAAUCACAACAGCUUAAAAGUAUGAGAUCAUUGGUAGUGCAACCAGGGAAAGCUCCAGAAACUGUACAAAAGGAAAAAUCUUUAGGAACAGAAACAAAAAGGACAGAAGCAGUGUUGAACACUGUAAAGAAAGCAAUGGUAUCACAAGAAGUGGGGAAGAAACCAGAACAUGUGCAAGAUGUUCAGAAACAGACAGAAUCAUUACAGAAGGCUAGUAAGGAAUCAGGCACACCACCUGUGAGUGUUAGAAGAACAGAAAUACCACAGGAAGCUGGGAAGAAAGCAGAGCAUUUGCAAGAUACUGCAAAGAAAAUAGACCUUUCCAAAGAUGUUGCAAAGAAAGUGGAACUGUCAAAAGAGGCUGCAAAGAAGAUGGAAUCAUCAAAUGAGGCUGCGAGAAAAGUGGAGCCACCAAAAGAUGUUGGGAAGAAGGUGGAAUUGCCAAAAGAUGCAAAGAAAGUUGAACCACAAAAAGACGUUCCAAAGAAGGUUGAACCACCAAAAGAUGUUGCAAAGAAGGUAGAGCCACCAAAAGAUGUUCCAAAGAAAGUGGAACCACCAAAAGAUGUUGCAAAGAAGGUAGAACUUUCAAAAGAUGUUCCAAAGAGGGUUGAACCACCAAAAGAUGUUGGAAAGAAGGUAGAAAUGCCAAAAGAGGUUGCAAAGAAGGUGGAGCCUCCAAAAGUAGAAGUACUAAAAGAUACUGCGAAGAAGAUGGAAGUGUCAAGAGAUGCUGCCAACAAAGUAGAACCAUCAAAGGAUGCCACAAAGAAAGUGGAACCACCAAAAGAUGCUGCAAAGAAGGUGGAACCACCAAAAGAUGCUGCAAAGAAAGUAGAACCACCAAAAGAUGCAGCAAAGAAGGUAGAGCCACCAAAAGAUGCAGCAAAGAAGGUAGAGCCACCAAAAGAUGCAGCAAAGAAGGUAGAGCCACCAAAAGAUGCAGUAAAGAAGGUGGAACCUCCAAAAGAUGUUCCAAAGAAGGUAGAACCACCAAAAGAUGCUGCAAAGAAGGCAGAAUCACCAAAAGAUGCAGCAAAGAAGGUAGAGCCACCAAAAGAUGCUGCAAAAAAGACAGAACCACCGAAAGAUGCUGCAAAGAAGGUAGAGCCACCAAAAGAUGCUGCAAAGAAGGCAGAACCACCAAAAGAUGCCACAAAGAAAGUGGAACCACCAAAAGAUGUUACAAAGAAAGUGGAACCAUCAAAAGAUGCUGCAAAGAAAGUGGAACCUUCAAAGGAUGUUGGAAAAAGGGUAGAGCCACCAAAAGAUGCUGUAAAGAAAGUGGAAUCACCAAAAGAUGCUGCAAAGAAGGUAGAACCAUCGAAAGAGCUUGGAAAAAAGACAGAGUCGCCAAAAGAUGCUGCAAAAAGAGCUGAACCUAUUAAAGAUGCUGGGAAAAAGGUAGAAAGUGCGAAGGAUGCUGCAAAAAAGGCAGAGGUACAAAAAGAUAUUGGGAAGAGAGCAGAACCUGUGAAAAAGGUGGAGUCACCAAAAGAUGCUCAGAAAGUAAAAGAUGUUGGAAGAAAAGAAGUAUCAAAAGAUACUGGGAAAAAGACAGAAUUUGCCAAAGAUGUUGAGAAGACAGAAUCACCGAAGAAAGUGGAGGUGUCUCAGGAAACUGUAAAGAAGGCAGAAUCUUUGAAAGAAGCAGCUGGGAAGAAAGCAGAAACAACAAAGGAGACUAAUCAGCAAAGUUCUAUGACAAAAACUGUCGGGGAAUUAAAAUCUAUAUCUAUUAAUAAACCAAAAGAAGAUGCAGCUGUAGCUGGCCAGACGCAGACAGUGAAGGUACAAGUACCAAUGACCAGUAUUUUAAAACAAGUAGGGGAAACUAACAAGGAAGUGCAACAAGUUGAACCACCUCAAAAGAUGCAGAAGUUUGACUCUCCAAAAUACCAGUUAAAGUCCUCCACCACCAGUGCUGCAGGACAUCAUUUAGGAGUUGUCAGCAUUCCAGAAAUGACUGUUACUACACAAGCGAAUCAAGCAGUUGUUGGUACUCUAGAAAGUCAAGUGGAGGUUGUGAGUACUCCAAGUAACCAAGUAGAGAUUGUCAGUACUCCAAGUAACCAAGUAGAGAUUGUCAGUACUCCAAGUAACCAGGUAGAGAUUGUUAGUACUCCGAGUAAUCAAAUAGAAGUUGUGAGCACCCCGGAAAAUAAAGUAGAAGUUGUUGGUGCGUCAGGGAACCAAUUACAAGUUUUUGGAACUCAAAUGAGUCAACUGGAAGUUGUUGGAGCUUCUGGAAAUCAGUUGACAGUUGUCAGUACUUCAGGGAAUCAACUGGCACUUGUUAGUACCCCUAGCAACCAACUAGAAACAUUUAGUAUUUCAGAACAGCAGCUUCAGGUUGUUGCUGGUGGGGAGACUCUAUUGCAAACAGUUAACAGUGGAGAGCAGCCACUAGAAGCAUUGGAUGGCCAGACACAACAGCAACAACUAGAGGCAGUAGUUUUACAAGAUCAGGGAACACUUAGUAUACAACAAUUAGCAGCCAGUCAACAAGCUGUAACUGAACAGCAAGACGAUGUACAGAUUAUUGAGUGUGCAACUCCAGAUUUGACUGGGAACAAAGGACAAACAGAAGCAGCAACUCCAAGACGUAGAGGUAGGCCACCUAAGUCUACUACUCCAGCAGCAUCUCAGGCCACUAAAAGCACAGAUAGUGAGUUUGAAACUCCAAAAUCCAGUAACCGAUCUUUACGUGUUCGGAGCAAAGAAACCAGUGGUGAUGAAUCAGAGCCUAGUGCUACAAAAGAAACCAAACAAACAAAGAGAAAGUCUUCCAAAGAAACUGAUUUAUCCGAAGACGCUGAACAAAGUGUUGAUAGUGCAGGGGAAUCUAAGAAUGAAUCUACUUUAAAACGAAAGCGAGGUAGGCCUCGGAAAGAUGAUCCUCCUAAGAAAGCAGAAAAAGCAACCACUGAAAAACACGACACGCCUUCUUCAAGUCAAAAGAGAGGUCGUCCAAGAAAAGAUUCAUUAGAAAAGAAUUAUGAUGUUGAUUCUCCAGAAGGACGAGCUAAACGUCAGAAGAUUAGCAAUGAAGAAGAGGAGGAGGACGAAGAAGAAGGUAGGCGCCGUUCUGGCAGAAUAAAGAAAGGUCAGGAAGAAAAGUCACAGAAAAAGUCCUCUCCUGAAACAUCUACUAAGAAAAAGGAAAAAUUAUCUUCAAAGGGCAAGGACGCAGCAAAAGAAUCACCGAAUGUGUCAAAGAAAGCUGAAGAUACUCUGCCACGUCGUGGUAGACCAAAAAGUAAGGAAACACCAAAAUCUGCAAAGAAAGAUGCUGAGAGUAUUGAAGUAGCUGAGAAAUCUUCAGGUCGCCGAUCAAAGGCAGCGAGUGAGAAAGAUGGUGAGCCAGUUGCUAGCACUUCUGGAAUUAAGUAUGUCAGGAAGCGUAAGGCUGAAUUUGAUGACGAUGAGGUGCCUUCAGAAGAAAGUGAUGAAGCUGUUAGUGAAUUAUCAAGAAUUGAUCUUCCAUCUAAAGUUUCUAUGGCUUCGCCAAAAAAGAAAGCAAGGUAUUUUGAAGAUACUGCUGUAGGUACAAGUACAAUUUAUGAUGAUAGUGAAGAUGAUGAUGUUGACGAAGAUGAAGAGGAGGAAGAGGAGAUUGAAGAAGUUGAGGAAGACGACGAGGAUGAUGACGAAAGUGAUGAAUAUAUAGGAACUGUUAUCACUUCUCCUAGAAGUAAAACCAUGUCGUAUUCUCAUAUUAAAAGUAGUAAUGAAUCCAUGCGAGACAUGAAACAGGAGCCUCUUGAAAUGGAAGUAGAGGACAUGGAAGGGUAUAUUGAAGAUAAAAAUGACAAUACUAUUGAAGACAGAGAUGAUAGAGAGGAAAUUUAUGAGCUUGAAGAAGAAUCUUUGUCAAGAAUUAUCUGUGGAGAUGAUGGAGCAGUUCUCACUCCUAUUAGAGUUCACAGGCGGAGACUUGAUGACAAACAAGAUGAUAUUUAUAACAUUGAUCAAAUUGAUGAGGAUGAGUUUUUGGCUGCAAAAAAUGCUGCUAUGCAAGACAAAUCUCCAAGGACACCACAGACACCUCAGUUUGUUGAGGUUGAAACUGUUUUUGAAUCUCCUGGUAGACGAUCUGUACAAACACAGACAGAUCCACGACUGAGAAAAAAGAAAUUUGGACCACUUGGGCAAGAAGGUGAAAUUGAUGAAAUAGAUGCAGAUGAUGGAGAUCUUUAUAGAAGACGUCGCCGAAAGAAGGAAGAGUCAGAUUUCAGUUUAUUUGAAGAUGAACCGAAGCGCAAGAGUGUUAAAAGAAACACUGAAGAAGCUCUGAAAUGUCCAUUUUGCGAUAAGGCCUUCAUUGGUCUGGUAAAGCAUAUUAAGAGUAAACAUCGCCAUGAAGCAGAUUAUGAUGAAGAAAUGCGUAAUGCAAAAUGGAGAGAGCGUAUCAUGAAAGUUUCAACACAAGGUGGGGACGAAGCUGGUGAGACCUGUUCUGAAUGUGGUAAGGUCACGAAAAAUAUGAAGCGCCAUCAAGAACUUCACCAGCAAAACAGAAUGCAAAGCGCUUGUCCAAUUUGUGGAAAGGUAGUCUUAAGAACAGGAAUCAGCUCUCACAUGCGCACUGUUCAUUCUGGAAGAAAGCCUUAUAAAUGUCCUCAUUGUGAUUAUUCAUCAGCAUUCCGUGGAAAUCUUAACACUCAUAUUAAAGGUAUGCAUUUGCACACUCGUCAAUAUCUCUGUGACGUAUGCAAAGCUGCAUUCAAAACUUUAGGUGCUCUUAUUGGGCAUACGAAACGAGUACAUGAAGGUUGGAAAUCUCCUAAUCAAAAAAUUUUCAUUUGCUCUGUCUGUGAGAAAAGGUUUACAAAGAAGUACCAUGUUGACCGGCACAUGCUUAUACAUACAGGAGAAAAACCACACAAGUGCACUGAUUGUGGCCGCUGCUUCAAUAAUAAGUCGAACCUUAUGUCUCAUAUUCAAUUAGUGCAUAAGAAAUUAUCACCUUAUCAAUGUGAUAUGUGCCAGGAGACUUUUAAACGUAAGAAAUUAUUGCUUGAACAUAUUGGAAAAGUUCACGUAGCUGCUGGAGAAAUGGCUCCACUGAUUAAAGACGAAGAUGAUGAUGAUGAUGAGGAUGAAAUGUUAGAUGAUGGUAUGGAUGAUGAGGAGAUUGAUGACAUGAGAAAAGUAACCGAAUUAGUACAAUCUCAAGCAGUAUAUGCUACAGUAACUGAUGGUUCAGUUGCUGAAGGAACUUAUACUGCUGUUGUCACUGAUGCAGCACACGAACUUAACAAUCAGACAAUAACUACAUUACAAACAGAGGGUGGACAAGAGACCAUUAUUAUUGUGCAUACAGCUAACCCAGAAGAAGUUGCUCAUGCUAUCGUUGAACAGGGAGAUGGAACAGUGCAAUACGAAACAUCUGGUCAAACUAUCACUGGAACAACUGCAGCUGAAUUAUUUUCUCAAAUGCAGUCUUAAAAGGAGAGAGACCUUUCUUCCUUUUCGCUAAUGGUGUAACAGCUUCAAAAUAUCCAUUAUCAGAGCACAAGAUUUUGUUUCAAUUCCAUAGCUGGUUAGUUUUGAAAUGAUAAUGAAUAUUCUUUGAAAGACUUUGUGUUUUAUAUAUAUAUAUAUAUAAAUAUAUAUAUAUAUAUGUGUCUGUGUGUGUGUAUAUAUAUGUGUAUGUGUGUGUGUAUGCAUAAAUGAAUGUGUAUGUGUGUAUAAAUAUAUAUAUAAACACAUACAUAAUGUAUAUAUACACACAUACACAUUGUACAUCAGAAGAAGCACUUGGAAGUGUACGUUUUUGAUAUUGUACCAUUUAUAAAUUGGUUGAAUAGUUUUAAACCACCUCAGACGAACAAUGGCUUAUCAGUCCUGGUUUACAAUUUAGGUGGCAACAUUGUUACUUAUGUUCUUUAAGCUUUUAAAAUGUUUAUAUUUCUAUUAAUAUUUUUAUCUAGGCUAUGAAUUCAAAAGGUAACUUAGAAAGCGUUUGAAAUUCCGAAGAUUAAUUCAUUGUACCUCUUUUCUGGGGUGGGUGUGUAUGUGUGUCAAAUUGAAUACGCAUCCAAAAGAGCUACUAUUAUGUGUGUGUGUGUGUAUUAUAUGCUAUGAUGAUUGUUUAUGAUUUGAAUGACAUUGUCAGGUAGGUAUGAGGCCAGAUCUAGCCAGUGUGAAUGUGUGUACGUACACACACACAUAUAUAUAUAUAUACACACACACACACACACACAUAUAUAUACAUAUGCACAUGUAUAAAUAUAUAUAUAUAUAUUUGUUUCAGCCAGGUGGCUGGAGCAACACUGUGUGGGAAUAUAUAUAUCUAUGUGAGUAUAUGUAUGUCUGAGUAUAAAAGAAAUGACUUUUGGAAAGAAAUUUCGGCAAGAACUUAUUUUAGUUUGAUUGAUUGAUAUCUUCGAUUUAUUAACUUUGUCUAGUUAUAUUUGUUUUCAGAAAUUUUAAAAUAUUUUCAAUAUUUGAUUUCUAUUACAAGCCACCCAUUAAACAAAUUUUUUUACUGGUAAAAAUGGAAGUUCCUUUUGUCAUUUUGUCACUCUAUGCUUGUUGCUUCCAUUAUACUUUCACAUUAUGAAAUGUUCCUUAUUUUUUU